UUUGAAAUUACUUUUGAGGGGGUCUGUAGUCUUCAUGAUCUUGGUGUUGUUAAAACAAAUAGAGAGAAGCCUCUUAACUUAAAUCAAAUUAAGGAUAAUAUAGAAAAGCUGAAAGCCAAACUUAAUAGAGAUACAACCCCAUUCUAUCAAGGGUUGUAUUAUAGUGUAGAUAAGAUAUCUGUUGACGAAUUAUCCUGGAAAGAUCCCUUGGCUAGCCAGGUUAUUAGCGAUAAUUUGGAUAUUGUGGAGAAAUUAUCUAAAGGCUUAAAAAAAGGAUUCAUGCGUCAUAAUAUGCAUUCGUAUAAUCCACUUCUACUGCCGGAUACGAUCACAACCCUCUCACAAGAGGAGGAUGACACUUCUCUUGAAACGAUCUUGCUUGAAUAUGCUCAAUCUUGCGAUCUACCAGCUAAGUCUCAGAAUGAUUCGUUCAAUAAUUCAAAAAGCUCAUCUAUGGAAGUGCAAUCAUUAAUUGAGUUUCAGGAUUUAACAGACCUUGAUUACAAACCUAAUAUUGCACUUUUCGAAGCUUAUCGUCCAAAAGAGAUUAAUUCUAAAUAUAUAGUCCGGACAGCAGGAAAAGGUUUUACGGUAAUUGAUCAUCCUUCCGAAGUUUAUGGAACGCCAGAUACACAUGAAUGUAUUGAUGGGAACAAACCCCUUCGCUUAAUUCUUGAUAUUGAUGCGAGACAAAAACUUGAUCCCACUAAUCCUAAAAUUCCUUACUUAGACAACAAAAAAAUUACUCGUCAAGAUUUGAUAUCGAGGAUUUUAGAUGUUACUGUAAAUAUAAUAUACUCCACUUUUGGCGUGGUACCAUUAAAUAGUUUCGCCUUGGCAAGUUCCUCAGAUGCAAACAAAUGUAGCUGGCAUAUUAUUUAUCCUUACGCUCGUUUCGUAGAUUAUAGAGAUCUUAAGGGCUUUACGGAAAAAGUUAUCGAAUUAGUCGGAAAACCUUACUCGAAGUUUAUUGAUGUUGGCCUUCCCAAAUCACGUUUUAGUCUUCGGCUCCUUGGAUCGGCAAAAGAAAAAAGAAUUAAAAGACCUGCGAUAUCUUCAGUCAAGAAUAGAUUUCACGAGCUAGAGGAUUAUUUGGUUCAACCCAAAUUGAAUUGUUCUGUGAUCUGGCCACGAACCUUUUCUUCUGAAAAACCGGCCGAUAAAUUCCUGCCUAUCGAAGAUGAAAAUGCACUAGUUAAAGGAGCUAAUUUGGUUAUUGCAAAAUAUGGGUGGCUCGAGAUUGGAACUAUCGGGAAGGGUUUUAUAAAUUUUAGCAGAGCUAGUUCCACUAAUGCGCAAUUAUCUGAAGAAUGCCCUAUAUGUGGCGUUAAACAUGAAAAAAAUCAAUUAUACGGGUUUCUUCUAAAAGACGGACAUUUUAUACUCAAAUGUUUUCGGCAAAAACAAUAUAAACCAGAUCACAAGGGAUUAGUAUUUGGCGAAGUAACUAAUGAUCUAUCAAGACCUAAAUGGGGAUUAAGUGAAAGAAUAGUCAAUAUCAUAAAGCAUCCACAUCCACUUGUAGAUUUAUCCGGGAAAAAUAUUAAUGUUAAAGAGAUGGAAGAUGCACCAGAAGCUUAUCCGGAUUUCUCGAGUGAGGAACCCACUACAACCCUAAUUCACUCACCUGUUGCCACAGGAAAAACAAAAACUUUAAGAGAAAUUCUUGAUUCUUUAGCCAAAAGUGAAGCGAAUUUGCCUUGCUUUAACUGGGUUUCAUAUCGUAAAACUCUUAGCAAUGAGACUAAAGCUAAAGUUGAAGUAUUACAGAAUUCAGGACUUCGCGUGUGCCAUUAUCAAGAAAAUGAAGGUGAUUUAGCUAUACGUGACUGGGAUGUUAUCAUUGUCCAGGUCGAAAGUACACAUCGUCUUUCACUUUAUGGAGGUCGUUCUUAUGUAGUUAUUUUGGAUGAAUCAAAUGCUAUCAUGCGUCAAAUGUCAAGUGGAAUUCAUGCACGAGAAUCCGAAAAUGCUAUGCGAGAUUUGUUGAAGUCAGCCGUCCAUGUUGUGGCGAUGGAUGCUUUUGCAAAUGAAUCGACUUUGGCCUUCUUAAAACAAUAUCAAGGCGAAAAUAUACGAAUUUUUGAUAAUAAAUAUCGGCCACGCGAAGGUGAAUCUGUAAAAAUUCUUUAUGACCCAGACAAAGGAUCAGAGGCUAUACGUAGAGGCCUUAGGAUGCUUCAAGAAAGUAAGCGCGUGGCCUUUUCUAUGACUUCUUGCAAAAAAGCUCGAGCUUUGGCACUUCAAACCUACAAAUUACGAAAACCAGAUGGCUCACAAAUUUUAACACGUGUUUAUUUUGGUCAAAUGGAUGGAAAGCAACGUCAAGAUGACUUCGCUAAUAUUAAUGCUACUUGGAGUGGUCUCGAUUGUGUAAUUUAUACAAGCACCGUAGAAGCUGGUAUCUCCUUUGAAAUUUCUAAUCAUUUUGAUGCGGUUAUAGGAAUAAGUAAUAUUAAUACAGGAGUACAUGCUGAAGCUUUUGCACAAAUGCUUUAUCGAAUUCGUGAUUGCCCAUAUCGCAUUAUUUCUCUUUACAAUAGCAAAAACCAUUCUGAGAUUUUUAAAGAACCAAAUCGUGAUUUUAUUCGUGCAGAACUUUCAGCUUUAAGACCCGGAGAUUUACCAACAACAGUAAAGGGAAAUCGUGAGUGGGAUAAAAUCGCCGAUUGUUAUGCACUUAAUUCAUCUCCAGUGGUAGAAACCUAUAUCGAAGUUGAAUAUCAGAGACGUUUAUCUGCUAAAUACUUUCCGGAAAUUCUUUGUAGUCUUAUUGCUAGUACUGGAACAUCUCUCGAGUUAAUGACAUUAGAAGACACCAGCUUGGCCAAAGCUACUCGCAUAGAAGUAUCUAAUACAAUCAAGAAAGUCGCGAAAAAAAUCAAAACUGCUGAUGCGGAAUUAAUAACUAAUUCCCCAAAUAUUAGUCCUGAUGAUGCUGAAAUUAUUAAGCAAAUAUCUACACGUUCAUUCACCGAUAAUAUGACUUUACAACGCCAUUAUUUAUGGAAGACUUAUGCUUCAGGUGAUAUCGGAGGUAAAGAUGAUAUUCGAGAUUGGGGUAUGGAUAAUACCGGCUGGACUAAACUUUGUAAUGUAGACUUCGUACAAAGAUUUAAUAAUCCCGAACCUUUACAACAUUUCAGGAGACUGGUAUAUUUCCGAAGACAAGGUUCUAAUGCAAUAAAAGCUUUGGAAAAUCUGAAAAUCAAAGAAGAUAUGCAAUGGGAAGAAUCACGCGAUUCUUUAGAUCCGGCAUCAAAUGAUUUGCGUAAAUCUUAUUCAGCAAAACAAUGGGAGGCAGUACAUGACCUUUUUCAAUCAUUGGGUUUUUCUGAUAUUGAUGAUGCGAAGAUUCUCUCAGGCGAUGAUGUGGCAAAAGCUUUCGAACAAUCACGGGAAAAAAUCGUUAAAAUUCGACAAGAUGCAGUGUUACUCUUUAAUUUUAAGACCAGAGCUAAAGGAACACCUGACCUUAAUGCUACAAUAAAAUUUAUUAAUGCGAUAAUGGGUAAGUGGUGUGGUUAUACUGUUAAGAGUGGGGUAAGUUACGUAGGUCCUAAGGGACAACAAGUAAGGAAAAAAACGUACCGGAUUGAUCGCCAACCAUAUAAUGAUGUUGGCUUCGGAGAUAAAGGUGCACCAAUACUUCCACCAUAUAGACCGAGGACAGCUGAUGAGGUUCAGGAACUCUUCGAUGUAAUAGAUGAUCCUAUUGUUGAAAAGAAGCAAUUAAGCUCAAGUUCCAAUUCCGAUUAUAUUGUAGAACCAGAUUAUGUUGUAAAGUAA